GCCGCGAGCGAGCUUCCGCGCCGCCCGCACGCGCGACCUACCUGGGCGCCCCGCGCCCCCGGAUGCUGCAGGUUACUCAGCGAUAGUGAUGACCUCCCGGUUACGCGCGCUGGGUGGAAGAAUUAACAACAUCCGCACCGUAGAGCUGCCCAAGGAGAAGACCCGAUCAGAGAUCAUCUGCAGCAUCCGCUUCUUAGAUGGCUUGGUACAGACCUUCAAAGUCAACAAACAAGACACAGGUCAGGUCCUUCUGGACAUGGCCUACAACCACCUGGGCGUGACCGAGAAGGAAUACUUCGGGCUGCAACAUGGCGACGACUCAGCAGACUCUCUUAGAUGGCUGGAAUCAAGCAAACCCCUCCGGAAGCAGCUGAAAGGAGGUUUCCCCUGUACCCUGUAUUUUCGAGUCAGAUUUUUUAUACCUGAUCCCAACACCUUGCAGCAAGAGCAAACCAGGCAUUUGUAUUUCUUGCAACUGAAGAUGGACAUUUGCGAAGGAAGGCUAACCUGCCCUCUGAACUCGGCCGUGGUUCUAGCAUCCUAUGCCGUACAAUCUCACUUCGGAGACUACAAUUCUUCCGAGCAUCAGCCAGGCUAUCUCACCGACAGUCAGUUUAUUCCGGAUCAAAACAAGGACUUUUUAGCAAAAGUGGAGUCUCUGCACGAGCAGCACAGUGGGCUAAAGCAGUCAGAAGCAGAAUCGUGCUUUAUCAACAUAGCACGGACUCUCGACUUCUAUGGGGUGGAGCUGCACAGUGGUAGGGACCUACACCAUUUAGAUCUCACCAUCGGAGUGGCCUCGGCGGGCAUCGCUGUGUACAGGAAACACAUUUGCACGAGUUUCUACCCUUGGGUAAACAUCCUCAAAAUUUCUUUCAAAAGGAAAAAGUUCUUUAUACAUCAGCGACAAAAACAGACCGAAGCCAGGGAGCACAUCGUGGCCUUCAACAUGCUCAGUUACCGCUCGUGCAAGAACCUGUGGAAGUCCUGCGUGGAGCACCACACGUUCUUCCAGGCAAAGAAGCUGCUACCUCAGGAGAAGAAUGUUCUCUCGCAAUACUGGACCCUGGGUUCUAGGAACCCCAAAAAGUCUGUAAAUCACCAAUAUUGCAAAAAGGUGAUCGGUGGGAUGGUGUGGAACCCGGCCAUGCGGAGAUCUUUGUCAGUGGAGCAUCUGGAAACCAAGAGCCUGCCUUCCCGGUCCCCUCCUGUCACUCCCAACUGGCGAAGUCCUCGGCUCCGGCACGAGAUCCGCAAGCCACGGCACUCGUCUGUGGAUAACCUCGCCAAUGAAAUGACCUACAUCACGGAGACCGAAGACGUGUUUUACACGUACAAGGGCCCCCUGUGCCCCAAAGACAGUGACUCUGAAGUCUCCCAGAACCGGAGCCCGCCCCGAGAGAGCUUAUCCGAGAACAAUCCAGCCCCAAGCUGCCUGACUCAGAAGUCAUCCAGUUCUGUGUCUUCAAACGCUCCAGGCUCCUCCUCCCCCGACGGCAUGGACCAGCAGGUCUCAGACGACUACCACAGGGCCACCCGAGGGGCCUCCACCGAGGACAACGGCCAGUACUACUGUGACAAGAAUGACAACGGUGACGGCUACUUGGUCCUGAUCCGCAUCACGCCGGACGAAGACGGGAAAUUCGGAUUUAAUCUCAAGGGAGGAGUGGAUCAGAAGAUGCCGCUGGUGGUAUCGAGGAUAAACCCAGAGUCACCUGCUGACACCUGCAUUCCUAAGCUGAACGAAGGGGAUCAAAUCGUGUUCAUCAACGGCCGGGACAUCUCCGAGCACACGCACGACCAGGUGGUGAUGUUCAUCAAGGCCAGCCGGGAGUCGCACUCGCGGGAACUGGCCCUGGUGAUCCGGAGGAAAGCCAUGCACAGGUUUGCGGAGAUCAGAUCUGAAGAUGAACUGAGCCAGCUCUUCCCCGAGACCAUCUUCCCCGUGUGUCCCGAGGGAGCAGGCACGCUCGAGGGCUCCAUGGACCUGCUAAAGAAGGGCCUUGAGAGCGGCACGGUGCUGAUCCAGUUUGAGCAACUCUACAGGAAGAAACCAGGUUUGGCCAUCACAUGUGCAAAGCUGCCUCCAAAUGUGGACAAAAACCGCUACAAAGAUGUGCUGCCUUAUGACGCCACCCGGGUAUUGUUGCAGGGAAGUGAGGAUUAUAUCAACGCAAGCUAUGUGAAUAUGGAAAUCCCCAGCGCUCACCUCGUGAACAAGUACAUCGCCACUCAGGGACCCCUGCCACAUACCUGUGCGCACUUCUGGCAGGUCGUCUGGGACCAGAAGCUGUCGCUCAUCGUCAUGUUGACAACACUCACAGAGCGAGGGCGGACCAAAUGUCACCAGUACUGGCCUGACCCCCCCGACGUCGCGGACCAUGGCGUCUUCCACAUCCAGUGCCAGUCGGAGGACUGCACCAUCGCCUACGUGUCCCGAGAAAUGCUGGUCACGAACACCGAGACUGGGGAAGAACACACAGUGACGCACCUCCAGUACGUCGCCUGGCCUGACCACGGCGUGCCAGAUGACUCCUCGGACUUUCUGGAAUUUGUAAACUACGUGAGGUCCCUGAGAGUGGACGGGGAGCCCAUCCUGGUUCACUGCAGUGCCGGCAUAGGUCGAACAGGUGUCUUGGUCACCAUGGAAACGGCCAUGUGCUUAAUUGAGCGAAACCUGCCCGUGUACCCACUGGAUAUUGUCCGGAAAAUGCGAGACCAGCGCGCCAUGAUGGUGCAGACAUCAAGCCAGUACAAGUUCGUGUGUGAAGCAAUUCUUCGUGUGUAUGAAGAAGCCUUGGUCCAGACGCUGGAUCCCAGUUAGGACAACUGUGAAAAAAAAAAUGCUCAUUUCUCUUUCCCAGGGACGAUCUCCUGAAGAGGGGGCUUCAAACCCACCCUACGGAGGCAGCGAGAGGACCCAGGAGCCGUGGGAAAGGAAUGAGCUAAUGUAAAGCCAGGCACUUUAAAUUUCUGUAGAAAAGGUAUCCUGUACAUAGGAACUGGUGUAGAUACGCAUGCCAUCACAGCGUCGUUGAAGGCCAGAGAGACAGCAAAAAGGGAUGUCACGUGGGGGCCUGUCCUGACGCCUGCCUCCCUAGACUGCACCACACCCCUGUGAGCCCCCGUUGGGCAACAGCUGAGCGGGGACACCAGCGGUACUGCUGACCCGCCAGAAGCAGGACGGUGUGGUAGGUUCAGGUGGCCUGGAUGGAUGUUGGCGUGUUUCUGCGUAUGGACUACAAGGGCUGAGUUUUCUGUGCUCCUAGGCAGAGCUGCCUCCGUCUGUGCCCCUGGCGCGUAGGGGCCCCUGAUCACUGCACUGCAGGGAGGGCGGUGAGCGCUCAGGCUGGAGGAGAGCAGUGCCUUCACUGCUUUCCCUCCUGGCUUCCUGUCUCCCUGCCCCCGCCCUCCUGGGGUCCCCACCCAGUGCCUGAGCAGGUGAAGAGCGGACAUUCAGGCGACUUCAGCUGAGACUCCGAACCAGGGCUCCCAGUGACAUCGCGUGUCUUAGCAUGAGAAACAGGUGUAUCUCUUGCCUCUGCUUGCCUCUUCCUGUGUCUUCAGAACCCAGGACUGGAAUCACUGACUACUGAAUCUAUGAUGUUACAUUGCUGCUACUUCAAGCCGUACACUUGAACGUGACAAUUUUCCCGAGGGGAGAGGGGAUGGUGGCAUCUAGAUAUUCAGAAUCUUUGGCCCUUCUGAGAAAAGAGCUUCCUGUCCUUGACCACGGGAAACCCUGCUUCUAGAGGGUUGUUCGUGGGUGUGCAUGAGUGCGAGUGCGUGUGAGUAUGUGCGCGUGCGCGUGUGUGGGCAUCUGUCCUGAGCGUUUCUCAGGAUCCCUAACCAGAUUCAAAUUACCGCUGAGUUUAUAUAAAGAAAGAGUCUCUGUAUAGGAGAACAAAAGUGUGCAGUCACCCUUGGUUACGACGUCUCCAUUUCAUUUCAAAGGAGAACACCAGACUAUCUGAAUAUAAACACGAUUUGAUGUUAAUUUAUUCCAAGAACACCAUGACUUUGAUUGUCCUAAAGAAUUCUGCCUUUGUGAAUACUGUGUUCAAAGAUUUUUUUUUUUUUAAUUUGUGACAGGAUUGUAGCAAAUGAUUAUUUAAGGAAAAUAAAUUACGUAAACAUUUUAACGUGGUAUCUUUAAAUAGCAGUUUCUAUGCAUUUAGAAGAGGAGGCUAAGAAAGUUUCUUCGUGGUAUUUCCAAAAAAAGGCUGCUUUCCUGUUACAGCACAUGUGGAGGAAGCCAUAUUGAUAAAUUCACAAACUGGACCAAUUGGGCAGUUUCCUUGUAGCAAGAUGGUUAGCAGCGGGGAGGAGGGGCGAUAUGACAAGGUUUCUGAAGGUUCUUCUGCCUCCACAUCUAGUGUAUGAGUGCAAUUCAAAAAGUUCAUGGAAAAUGGAGUUAAAAGUAAGUUCAUUUUGAUGCAAAAUAAUUUUGAAAUCCAUGCUUUCAAGGGGUCUUCAAAAGGUUCAUGGAAAACACAUGUUAUUUAAAAAAAAUGCAUGGAGUUUUUUUUUUUUUUUUUGGCACCAAAAUGAACUUUUAAUUCCAUUUCCUCCCAAAUUUUUGAAGCCCACCUUACUUGCAGACUUCCUAUCUUUUCAAUGGGUAUUUUACUGCCCCGCUCCAUGGUGGGGUGGGAGGGUGUUGAUCCACCUUGCCGAGACCCUGUGCUGGGAAUCAAAAAGUCACAGCAGAGUGUAGGGCUGGGAGGGUAGGAGAACUUUAGUCUGGGCACUUAGGAGGGCAACCUCCAGUCCCUGUGUGUGAGCGAGGGCAAAUGCAGAGGGCACUCGUGCUGUUGUGAAUUUCCCUUCUGCUGGAAUACGGACCGAGACCCCCUGGGUAUGUCACUUAGAAAAGUUACCUCCUCCAAAAGAUGCUCUCCCAGAAUGCGAGAGCAAGAGCGCCAAGGACAAUCAGACCGUUUCUUUGUUCAGUCUGGACCCAGACAGAUUCUGUGAGCAAAGAACCAAAAGACGAGCCGGAGGAGGGAACACUGGCCUACCCGGGAGAGCUGUCAGGGUAGUGAGCCAAGCAUCGCCCAGGAUACAGUGCAUCAGCACCCUGUGUGCAGAAGCCUUGAGACGUCUAAAUGCCUUCAGAGACAGGUUUUUAAUAUUUUUUUUUUUAAUUGAAAGUGGUGGACACAGCGCUGCCAUUACAGCCAUACCCGUUUCUGGAAAGCUUACCACUGGUUCUAGCUGGCUUUUCUGCACCCCUGUGCCUUCCAGCAGUUCAAACCCAGUGACUCCUGCCGUGAAGUCCUGGGAAAGACCACACGAGAGAAAAACUGAAAGGAACAAACUCAAGAAGUCAAUACUCUGGAAUAGCGCCAGGUGAAGCUACACCUGAGGGUUCCUGUCUCACCACCCCCUCCGCUUAAGCACUUACACUUCAGACACCUGUGCUGGGCCUCCGUGAACAGUGCGUCAGAGUCGGGGUAGAUAGUCUACCUGGAGAUACAGCUGGAGGUGAGCAGGGCCGCCCUUGACUGCCUGUGUUCUGACUGGAAGAUCUCACCAGACACACAGGUUCGUGCACUUACCCAGGUGGCAGUGUCCCUACUGGGUCCCUUUCUAGAACCUCUUGCCAUGUUGACUUUCUAGAGAAAGAAGCUUAACUCAAUCUGGUAAGGGAAUGAGGGUGGAUCUCAAACUUUAGCACAGUCUUUAGUUUCCUUCCCCAAUAAUUUAUACUUAAAAUAUGCUGUUGGCUUAGCACAGGUGCUGUGGCUGCCGUGUUGCCGCUGGUUGACACUGGUUUUGUUCCUCAGGAAUGAUCAUUUGGGGACAAGCAACAGGCUGUCUUCUUCAGAGGCCACAAAGAGGCAGAAGUAGAGGCGGGUUGUGGAGUCUAGAACCGCCUACAGGCCAGCCACAUACCCCUCAGGCCAGGUUUCAACUUGCCUGUCGCAGGAGAAGGUUGGACGGGACUAGAUGAGCUUUAGAGUUGUCAUUCUGGAAGUCUGGUGUCCCAGAGACUCAACAGCCUAAACCAAAGCUGUGUAGCUGCUAGAGAGGUAGCACGUUGCCGUGACUUGUCCCCAAGCGGUUGUCCCUCGGCCUUGGCACUGGUGGCUACAAAGGCCGGGAUUGCCACCCCUGGUUCUAGCCCAUCAGCCUGGGCUGCCAGCAGUCUCAGUAAAGAUGGCAAAGACUGUGACCUCAGCCAGGGGAACCAAGUGCAUCGGAGUCCGGUAGCCGGAAUGUCCCGCCAUCUGUAUAGCUCACGUUCUGUCUGGAGCAACCAAAGGAUUUGUAUUAAGCCAUGUUCUCUUUGAAAGUAUCUUAAUUGAUCAGCAAUAUUUUUUUCUGUAUAUCUGGAAUGUUUUUGAUUCUGACGUGUUCUGUUAGUAACUACUGAAAAUAUAAAAUAUCAAUAUAAAAAUAUUGAAGCUA